UCCGCGCUCCAGCUCUGCGGCGCGCUCGGGCCCGCGCCAUGCCCCGCAGACACUGCGUGGGCCCCGCCGCGGCUCGGGAGGGCGAGGCCCCGCGCGGCACGGCCAUGGGCAGCUUCCAGCUGGAAGACUUCGCUGCGGGCUGGAUCGGAGGUGCAGCCAGCGUCAUCGUCGGCCACCCUCUGGACACAGUCAAGACGCGCCUGCAGGCUGGCGUGGGCUACAGGAACACCCUCGGCUGCAUCCGCACCGUGUACCGGAGGGAGAGCGUGUUCGGCUUCUUCAAGGGCAUGUCCUUCCCCCUGGCCAGCAUUGCUGUCUACAACUCGGUAGUGUUUGGGGUCUUCAGUAACACGCAGAGGUUCCUCAGCCAGUGCCGCUGUGGGGAGCCCGAGGCCAGCCCUCCCCGAACGCUGUCUGACCUGCUGCUGGCCAGCAUGGUGGCCGGCGUGGUCUCCGUCGGGCUGGGGGGGCCCGUGGACCUCAUCAAGAUCCGGCUGCAGAUGCAGACACAGCCAUUUCAGGCAGCCAACCUCGGCCUGAAGUCCAGGGUGGCAGCUCUGGGGGACCAGCCGGCGUACCAGGGACCUGUGCACUGCAUCGCCACCAUCGUGAGGAGCGAGGGCCUGGCGGGGCUGUACCGGGGGGCCAGCGCCAUGCUGCUGAGGGACGUCCCAGGCUACUGCCUCUACUUCAUCCCCUACGUGUUCCUGAGCGAGUGGAUCACACCCGAGGCCUGCGCAGGCCCCAGCCCCUGCACCGUGUGGCUGGCGGGCGGCAUGGCAGGAGCGAUUUCUUGGGGGACAGCUACUCCUAUGGACGUCGUGAAAAGUCGACUCCAAGCUGACGGGGUUUAUUUCAACAAAUACAGAGGUGUCCUGGACUGUAUCUCCCAGAGUUACCAGAAGGAAGGCCUUAAAGUGUUUUUCAGAGGCGUCACCGUGAACGCUGUGCGGGGCUUCCCCAUGAGCGCGGCCAUGUUCCUCGGGUACGAGCUGUCGCUGCAGGCUCUCCGCGGGGACCACGCGGUGACCAGCCCCUGAGCACCAGGCCCUGGGGCAGAAGCCUCCUCCUGCAGGACACCUGCUUGGCUUCUCAGCGGGGAAGACUUGUGCCUGCCGUGACCUCCCCCGCCCACGCCCUGCACCACGACCGCCUGCGGCACCCGCAGCCCCAGGCAGUGCCGCAGCACUUGCUCUGUCCACUGUGGCGUUGCCAGUGCCUGGCACGGAGCCCGGCACACGAGGGAGCCUCAGCAGCAUCGCUGGAUGGGUGGGCGAGCAGCCUCCAGUGUCCCCUCAGGGCCUCCUCUCCCUCCUCUGGCUUAUUCUCCUUUGUUUCUCCUCUGGCCCCAAACUGGUUUCCUGUAAAGGUCAGAAGACAAGGUGGGUGAGUCACUGAACUUUCUAGUCAUCCAGUACCAUUUCACUUCAGCCUUGGUUACUACACAUUCUCCCAGGAAGGACGGUCUUCAUCAGCAAGGUCUGGAAGACCCCACUGCUGCCUCCUCUGGGGGCUGGCAGGGGCGCAGAGCCCCGCCGGGAUGCAUGGGGGGCACCGGAGCCUGGACGCAGGGACGGCCCGGCCCACCAGGCUGGCAGGAGUGAGCCCAGGACAAGCCCUGGCAGCUAACGGCCCUCAGCUCUGUAGGCAGCACCGAUGGUCACAGCUUGGCGGCUUCUGUCCUUCCUGAUGAAAGGGAAGGGGAGCCCUGCAUUGGCAUAACUGGACAUCGUGGGUGAGGAGUUUGGGCUCCAGUGAGGCCCAGGCAGGGAAGGGAGUUUGCCUUGUUCUUACCGCUGUGCUCAGAGAUCGGCCAUUCCCCUCUUUUAACAGAUAAAAGUAACCUUUAAAAAAAACCUUGUAAUAAAGUCAAUGCAUUUUUCUUGGAGAAAAAAUAGAAAAUACAAAUAAAUAGAAAGAACAAAAUAAAAAUACCUGUCAUUGCAAGACCUUGUUAUUAUUCUUCCAAGUGUGUCUGACGUGCAUCCCCAGCUUGGAAUUCUGCUCCGCACGGUGAUUCAUGGCCCUCUCCCCGUUUAGUAGGUCAGGACUGUUCUCCAUGCCAUGGAAUCUUCAGCCGUAGGACGGUUUCAGUGCCAAGAACUCACAGAUCCCGGAGUGGCUGGGUGCCUGCCCAGCCCGAGUACCCCGCCUCUUGUGACCACCCGGGGCAUUGGCUGCUGCAGGACGAGGGAAGAAGUUUCUAGCAAGCCAGUCAUGACUGUGCUGGAUUUGGCCUUUCAUGGCAGUGGCCAGCCCAGCUGGAAGCUUUUCUCUCUGACGUGCUGUCUCUUGCGGUGGGCUCGGAUGUCGGUCUCCCUUAGGAAAGAGGACGGCCAGGAUCAGGUGGGAGCAGGAGGUUCCCGGCCACGGGUCGGGGCCUCACCUUACAUAACCCUCGCCCAGGCCUUCAACUGCCCGCUCUGGCCCAGGAGCACCACAGCCCGUGCACAAGACCUGCACCUUAAUCUACCAAGUACUCUGAGCCUCGGGGUGGGCCACGCUCCAAGCAGCAGGAGCACUCACUGUCUGGAGAUGGGAACGCCAACGCCUUCCGCACUGUCUAGUCAAGGACAGCGUGAGAUGGUGUCUGUCAGAGGACGAGGGAGCCCUACAGUCUCUAAGAAGUGGUGGGAUGGUGACUGUCUCAGGAGUCCCUGGCACAGGCGGCAGGAACAGCGUGAGGAUUGUUCCGAGUUCCUGCGGGGAUGGAAGUGUCUGGCUCCGAGCAGCCUCCCGGUUCCUUCCGACAACCAGAUCCGAGCUCUCCUGCAGCUCCCAGAGUCCUGACAGGAAGGUCGCUUCCUUUUCAUCGAUCCUCCAAGUUAUUUCUCUCCCAGACUACGUGCGGCAAUGACCCCAGGACAAUUCGAAGCCCAGGAAACGCCACACAAGGUGGCUAUUUUGUGACACGGUUAGUUUUACCUGUGCACAUGGAGAAACCGGAAUCAGACGAUACGAACAUGCACACUCUGAACCUCAUUAGCCUUCUUUCAAUUUCAGGAAAAUUCAUUUUCAAGGAAAGAGACACAUUCUCCCUACAGGAUCUUUUUGGAACAUUCACAAAGAACCGGCCUGUGCUCGUGGUGGUGCUUUGCCAUCUGUGCUUCUAAAAGCCAGGCUCCGGGUGGGUUGUUUGACCCCAGGGUCUGACGGUAACUCCAGUUAGAUGACGUUCUUGUCUUUCCUCCU